CAACUCCCAGCGUCCCACAGUGACACAACAACAAACGAGAGGCAGGCAGCAGCUGGGAGAGACGGAGACAGGGCAGACGGUCUGCGUAAAGAGAAGCAGAAAGAGAAGAGACCGGGCGCGAGAGGUUUUCUUCCAUCCAUGGGGGUUUCCACCGCAGCACAGGCGGACAACUGACGGAGAGAAAUCCGCUCGAACAUGGCUAAAAACCAGGAAGUGGAGCGCAUCGCGAAAAAGCUGGAUAAAAUGGUGCACAAGAAGAACACGGAUGGAGCUCUCGACCUUUUGAGGGAACUAAAGAACAUCAAGAUGUCUCUGGAGACCCUGCAGUCCACCAGAGUUGGGAUGUCGGUGAACGCGGUGAGGAAACACAGUUCAGAGGAAGAAGUUCAGACUCUGGCCAAAGCUCUCAUCAAGUCCUGGAAGAAACUGCUGGACGGUGCAGAGGGGAAGUCUGAGGAGAAGGAGAAGAAGAAGGAAGGCUCUCCUGUGAGGUCAUCGUCCACCUCCAAGGACUCCGGCAGCACUGAGAAAAGCAGCAAGAAGUCCGGGGAGUCGCCCCCCACACCCACCACACCCACCUCCCCCACUACUCCGACCCUUCCCCCGCGGGUCACCUCCUUCCCCCCGGCCCCCGUCACCACCGACAACGUGCGGAACAAGUGUCGAGAGCUUCUGGUUGCAGCGCUGCAGACUGAUGAUGACCACAAGACCAUUGGAGCGGACUGUGAGCACCUUGCGGCACAAAUUGAAGAGGAGAUCUUCCAGGAGUUUAAGUCAACAGAUAUUAAAUAUAAAACUCGUCUACGAAGCCGAAUCUCCAACCUUAAGGAUCAGAAGAAUCCCGACCUGCGGCGUAACGUCCUAUGUGGAAGCAUCUCGGCCCAACGCAUCGCCUCGAUGACCGCCGAGGAGAUGGCGAGCGCAGAGUUGAAGCAGAUGAGAGAGACUCUGACUAAAGAGUCGAUCAGAGAGCAUCAGCUGUCGAAGGUCGGUGGAACUGAGACGGAUAUGUUCAUCUGCAACAAGUGUCACGGAAAGAGCUGCUCAUACACACAGGUGCAGAUCCGCAGCGCUGAUGAGCCUAUGACCACCUUUGUGUUGUGUAACAGCUGCGGCAACCGAUGGAAGGUAAAGAAACAAUACAUCUAAUAAACAGAAGUACGAAAUAGUAAUUACAAACGGCUAAAUGUUUGAUUCAAGGCUAAACAUAUAGACAAAAAUAUUAAAGAAUAUGUGAGCAAAAAAACAAAUGCAUAUAGUGAAGUACACAGAUGCUCUGGGUGUAUAUUCUCACAUGAAUGAAUAUGCA